CACUCGUCAUGGUAUGGCAGGUAAGAGUAGCCGACAUAAAUGAUAGACGAGGAAAGAAGAUAAAAUAAUAAGACUGUAAUUUUCGUCACUGCUGUUAUAGAUGAUGGAGAGUCAGGUACAAUUGUUGGACUAUAUCCAACAAAUUGAAGAAAAGGGUGUCGAAAUCUUAACAGAUAGACAAGAAGUUAUUGCUCUUGAUAAGAGGAGAAACGAUGACAGAGUUGGUAUGAGAGCUUUGCAAAAGCAAAACGGUGAUAAAACAUGGAUAACCGUUGGUCCACUAUUGAUAAAAAUAUCAUCAAAAGCAGCAGAAGAGUUAUUAAAAGAAGAUCAGAAGCAGUGUGAUAUUGAAAUUAAUAAAAUUAGAAGUGAUUUGAAGAUAAAAGUAAGUGAAAUUAGACAAAUGGAACAUAAUCCUCCAGUUCCUGGACUUACCCUUAAACCUAUGUCAAAUUCAGAAAUGUCCGCAAUAAAUCAAGUGUUAGGAAAAAGUUUAUGAUUAGUUCAUGAUAGGAUUAUUUAUUUAAAAUUUUAAAUCAGAAUGAAUUAUAUGUAAUAAAGACAAUAUUUAUUG